CUGCACACGCCGCUGCACGCGGCGUGCGAGGACGGGGAGGCGAGCACGGCGAGGGCGCUCCUCGUCGCGGGCGCGGCGGUGGACGAACGAGACGAGCGAGGCGCGACGGCGCUCAUGACGGCGGCGCAGUGGGGACACGCGGAAGUGUGUCGAUUAUUGCUCGAGCGAGGGGCGGACGCGAACGGGAAGGACGAACAGGGGGACACGGCGCUGCACGAGGCGGCGCGCGCGAACGCGCUGGACGCGGCGGAGGUUUUGGGGGAGUGGAAGGGGACGAAUUUGGAGGCGAAGAACGCGCACGGAUGCACGGCGCUGCACGUGGCGUCGCACAGUGGACACGGGGCGAUGGUGAAGCUGCUGGUUCGACUCGGGGCGGCGGUGAACGGGGAGAUGCGAGGCGGGUACUCGGCGCUGCACGUGGCGGCGGCGAACGGG